AUGGCUAAGGGCAAGGUUUUAUUGGUUCUCUACGAGGGCAAGGACUCCGCCAAGGAGGAACCGAGAUUGUUGGGGUGCAUUGAGAACGAGUUGGGCAUCCGCAAGCUUGUCGAGGACGCCGGGUACGAGUUGGUGACCACCACCAACAAGGACCCCGAACCCACUUCGCAGGUGGACAAGGAGUUGGCCGACACCGAGAUCAUCAUCACCACGCCGUUCUACCCGGCCUACGUCACCGCGUCGAGAAUUGCCAAGGCGCCCAAGCUCAAGAUGUGCAUCACCGCCGGUGUCGGCUCCGACCACGUCGACUUGGACGCCGCCAACAAGCGCAACAUCUCCGUGCUUGAAGUCACCGGCUCCAACGUGCAAUCGGUGGCCGAGCACGUGAUGAUGACCAUUUUGGUGUUCAUCCGAAACUUCAUCCCCUCCCACCAGAUGGCCGUCGGGGGUGGCUGGGACAUCGCCGCCUGUGCCAAGCACGAGUACGACUUGGAAGGCAAGGUGGUGGCCACCGUGGGCGCCGGGAGAAUCGGCUACCGCGUCCUCGAACGCUUGGUGGCGUUCAACCCGAAGAAGUUGUUGUACUACGACUACCAGCCUCUCCCUCAAGAAGCCGUCGACAAGUUGAACCAGGCGUCGAAGUUGUUCAACGGCACCGACAACAUCGUCGAACGGGUGGAAAACUUGGAGGACAUGGUCGCCGAAGCCGAUAUCGUCACCAUCAACUGUCCCUUGCAUGCUCAAUCCAAAGGGUUGUUCAACAAGCAGUUGAUCUCGAAGAUGAAGCCCACCGCUUACUUGGUCAACACUGCUCGCGGGGCGAUCUGUGUCGCCGAGGACGUCGCCGAAGCCGUCAAGAACGGUACCAUUGCUGGCUACGGUGGUGACGUGUGGAACGUGCAACCGGCUCCCGACAACCACCCGUGGAGAUCGAUGGACAACUCGUGGCACGGGGGCAACGCCAUGACCCCUCACAUCUCGGGGACGUCGUUGGAUGCUCAAAAGAGAUACGCCGACGGCGUCAAGCAGAUCUUGACGGCGUACUUCACCGGUAAGCACGACUACCGUCCUCAGGACGUCAUUGUCAUCAACGGUGACUACGCCACCAAGUCGUACGGCCAAAGAAAGUAG